CCGUUUUUUUCCUUCGAAUCGAUUUUGUUUAUCUAUUUCGCAUCGCAAUUCACAUGGAUUUUGCGCAAAUACCCAAUCAAUGUGCACACUUACAGACCACAACGUCGGUGAUUUGCUAUUGAAAAUAUAAAAAUAAUUUCUAAGAAAUUUACACGCCGCGAAAAAGACACUCCAAACAAACCGAUGAGAAAAGAGAACAGCACCACGAUGUUCAUGCAUAAAAAACAAUGUUUAACCAGCCAAACAAAUGCAAAGUGAAUCAAAAAUUACGCGAGACAAAGAGUAAAAGAGACAUUUAUCGUUUGAAACACCAAAAACGGCAACGAAAUAAAACAAAACAAAAAACUUGUACGUUUGAAAACAUACAACUGCGAACAUAAAAAAUAGUAUAAAUAUAAAUAAAAAGGCUGAGCAGCGCGAAGAGACCGAAAGAGAGAUAAAUAGAUAAACGUUUGGUGUGCGUAAACGCGAUCAGUGUAAAGAGUGUGUUUUUUUUUUCGUUCAAUGAGCAGAAGAGAAAGCAAUUGUUAUUAUUAAUGUCAUUGGUGGCGAUAUUGUGUGACCAGUGCCCGUGCUUUGCAGUUCGAGAAGCCAAUUAUGACAACAAUUAUAAUAAUAAAUAAGAUAAUAUCGAACGUUUCAAAUCGACUGUUCGAAGCGAGAGCAAAAAAAAAAAGAGAAGUAAAUGUGGUUUGUCGGGUGGCGCUCCUCUUCGAUUAAAUAAGUAUCGAAUAAACACGUUUUGAUUGUUGUUAUUAUUGAAAUAUUUCUAAUCGCAUAAUCAAAAACCGAAAUCGAUCGCCCAAAGGGUGAAAUCUCAGGAAAUAGUCGCGUAUUAGCAAUUUGUACAUAGACAAGGAAAAAAAACUAGAUUCGUUUGAAUUGAUCACAAAAUCUAAUCGGAAACAAUCGAAGUGGAUUAAUUUACCCAAUAAAAAGAUGAAGAAAAAGCACCAACAAUAAUUGCAACGACAACGAUCAAAACUGUAUACGAAUAAUGGUUUUGGGCAAAUUUGACCAGAAAUUUUAGAUACGCUCGCUCACACCGGGACAGUUACAACAUCAUACAAGACCACAGAGCAAAAACAAAAGGCGAAAAACCAAACGCGUUUGUGCAAAGGACACAAAAUCGAAAAGUUCGUUUAGUGAAAAUUUGUCAAAACUCAAUGCAAAAAAAAAAAAAAUAGCACACGGUUUUAGUGGCAGUGAAAAAUGUCGAGGGUGUUUUGUAAUAUUUGAUGGUUGAAAAAACAGACCGUUGUGUUGAUUAGACAAUAUCGGAAGUUGGUUCUUUUGUGGAAUACACGAUAAAAUAACAAGUGCAUCAUACACACGGCACCCGGUGAACGAUAAAACCGCAAUCAAAAACAAGCUAAACACGACAACCAUUUCGGUCAUUUACACAAACGUGGAUGAAAAGCUAAAACAAAAUAUACCAUUUUAAUGAGUGAGUGAAAAAUGGCCAUCAAAACUGUGUGAUACACCGAAGUGAAGUUAGUGAAUUUGGUUUGAAAUUGCUUCGUCAGCCCCGAAAAUCCAAAAAUACGCAAAGGGAAAAAAGCACCAGGCGCAACGUAGAUGAAACGUCAUGCAAACGACUGAAGGCCACAACAAAGUUCAGCUGCUGCCAAUUUCAUUUCGAGCCGAUAUUGUAAAUGUGCGAACAACCAAAUUCUAAGCAAAAUUUUGUGCUGCAAUUUUUUUUUUCCGUUGUGAUUUAAUCAAACAAGUGACAGUUACACACAUCGCACCAUUUAAAGUGGUUAGUGGGUUUGCACUUUGGUUCGAAAAAUUCGAUUUUUUGGCGCAUUUUACCUGCUGGUUGUUGACUACAGGGAAUCAACAAAAUUUCAUAAUCCACAGCCUAGAAGAUUCGCAGAACGCACCACCGCAACCGGAGAAAUAGCAAAAAGCCAAAAAAAAAAAACACAUUGCUGAGCAAACGAAAAGUGUGAAUCAAAUAGCAUUUAAUUAAAUCAUCAAGAGAUUAAGUGAAUGGAAAAAGAGACAAUAUUAAGAGGCAUUAAUAGAAGAAAAUACACCCAUACACGCACAUACACACAAACACACAAAACCCGUGAAACCGACACCAACGACUCAGGAAAUGUAAUCGAAGUCGAAUCGAAUUACAAUUGCACGCCGACUGACAUUCGAUUCGAAGUGAUGAUGACGAAUAGAGAGAGAAAUACCAGAUUAUUGCCAUAUUGUUAGAAUAAUAAAUCGCAUUUUAUCGGUAUCUAAUCACGGAACAACAACACAACACAGCACCACUAAAUUACAUGUUUUUGCCCAAUCAACUGAAACCGAAAACACCAAAAACACACAAAGAAGUAAUCAACAACGGCAAAAAAAAAAAGUUUUCACCCAUAUCAAAUACAAGAAGAAAGUGUGAGUUUUCGUGUGUGUCUGUGAGCGCCUGUGUUGUAUAUAUUUUCAUUGGAUUUACUAGUGUGUCGAACUUUUUGAUGAACGGAAAAUUGAUUAAUUGACUGCAGACAAAAAAAAAAAGAGAAGAGGACGGCAAGCGAUAAAAUUCGCUUUGACUCGUAGUGAGAGUGUAUGAUAAGCUAGAGGAAGUUUUGUGCAAUUUUGAUUUGGAAACGGAGAUAGAGAAAGAGAAACAAAAAGUGUAAUCGACCGAUGUAAUCAAUGCAGCAAAGUGGAAUAUCACCAAUUAAUGAAAUAUCAUAAGUAUUUCCGUAGCAGCCAGUACAAACGCGGUCAAAUGUGAAUGACUAUGGAGAUUAACGGCUAAAUAAUAAUAUAUCGCCGGACAGAGACCACACAUAAAAAAAAAAAAUGUAAACAAGUGCAAUAAUAUCGUUUAUACCCAAGUAAAUGCAAGGAUAUUUGAAAGGACAAUGAGGUGGUAAACACCGAAACAAAACUAAACGAGAAAAAACAAAUUGAUACAGUUUAUAUGCCAAAAUUGCAUAUAAAACAAACAACAAACAAGAAGAGAGUGAGACGUGCGUAGGACGUUCUAGUGUAAUUAGUAAAAUAGUGUUCUGAUCUAUUCGCUACACGUAUAAUAGUUUGUAAUAUGUCAUCAAAAUGGAUCUCCAAUCGCUGGGUGCAUUUCUAUAAGGCUGAAUAGCUGAUAAAAAAAAAAACAAAACACAUCAAUAUAACCAACGGCGCGUUUAAAUGUUUUUGCUCUAUAUUUUACGUUUGUAAUACAUCGCGUGCGCAAAACCGUUUCCCAUUUGAAAUAUGCGUGUAUAAAGUCAACAAUACUAUUUUUAAACAUAAAAUUCGCAUUGUGCCCCAUCAUCUCACUCCGCAUUCACAGCAUAAUAAAAAAAAAAAACGAAAUACACUUAUGUGAUCGAAAUCAAAAAUCUAUUUGCUCAGCAUUCGCAUACAUUUUUAUGUGCGAUCAUCAUCGUCAACGCGUCUUGUAAAUUUCGGUUGAUUUUCGAGUAAUUUUCAUUUUAAUCGAGAGAAGAAAAAAAAAACCAGAGAAAAAUCAAAUAAAUCCACUUAACGAUAAUUUACGGCACUUUAUUAAUCAUUUCGACAACGUGCAAGACCCCAAAAAAACAAAACAUUAAACGUCGGCGUAACAGAGAAAAACAAUUUUUCAAUUUGUCAACAGAAGUGGACGGUUUUUUCUCUCUCUUCAUUUAGUUCGGUUUCGACAGGAGAAAGAAAAAAGAAACUCUGCAAACUAAUCAUCAAGAAUCUAAAAACGCACCAGGCAGAGAAAGAGAGAGAGAGUGAGUAAGAGAGAAAUUUAGUGUGUUCGUUUGAGUUUUGUGCACUCUCAGAAUGAAUACAGUGUUUAAAAUGAAUAAUUUAUGUUUGCGUUGUACGCAGCCAUCUUAUUUUAAUUACAAAUACGAGCAACAUAUUCACGUCGUUGCAUAAAACGAAGAAGAAAAAAAGAAUCCCAAGAGAAAAUCCGCAACAACGCACAAAACCACACACACACACACAUACACGACGCGCCCGAUUAAUUAUGUGGUAGAAAUUCACUCUAUGUUUCAUGUUGCAUAUAAAAUUAAAAUUAAAAUUUGAGCGGAAAACAAAGAAGAAAAAAGAGAGCAAUGUGUCAUCAUCAAAUCAAGUCACAACUGAAAUUAAUUAACUGAAACAGCAGCAACAAGAGAAAAGAUAAGAGAGUUAAUGCCGCUAUCGCUUAGAGGCAAAAGAACAGCAAACGUGUUUUAAAUAAAUAAGUUUUUAAUAUUUAUCAACAAAAACAAAACCGAAACGAGGUAAAUUCAGAAGCAAAAAAAAAAAGAGAAGCAGAACCAUUCACAUAGAAAGUGAAUCACGGAAACGCUUGGCGCUAGCAAAAAGCAAGAAGAAGAAGACGACGAAUUAAAAAAAAAAAAAACGACUAAAAUCAAGUGUUGUGAUAAAAAUUAUAGAAUAAACUAUGCCCCACAAUAGUCAUAAUUCACAAAGCGCCGGUGCGACGGUCGGUCUCAGCAAUGGCGUUCUAUCGACAAACGGCGGCACCGGCAUCGGUGGUACCUCAACCACAACCGGCUCAUCAUCGCCCGGUGACGAUCUGGGCAGCACCGACGAAGUCAAAGUAUUCAAAGACGAAGGCGAACAAGAGAAUGAGGAAAUCUCAUCGCAAACAUUACUAGAAGAGAAAUCAAGUCUGAUCGAUUUGACGGAGAGUGAGGAAAAAAGCGGGAAAUCACAAUCCAGACAAGAGCAGGGUUCAGUUUUUGGAAAAGUUGAUACACACAAUAACUUAUUCAACUACAUCUCACUUCCGUACUCAUAUCCAAAUGGAGCUGCAUCAAUGGCCAAUAAAAUGGGCUUGCCCAGUUUCUUUUGUCAUAACGGAGUUGGCGAUCCACUGGCAACUCCACCGCCAGCGCAUUGCGGAAUACCACCGUAUCAACUAGAUCCAAAAACAAUGGGAUUAUCCAGACCACCAAUCUAUCCAUUUCCAACUAGUCAAUAUGCAUAUCCAAUGCUUAGUCCAGACAUGUCACAAGUAGCAGCUUCAUGGCAUACACCAACAGUGUAUUCGACGGCAAGUGGUUUCCGAAGCUCAUAUCCAACGACAUUACCAAUAAACACAUCAUUACCAAGUGAUUUUCCAUUUCGGUUUUCACCUGGUUUAUUGCCUUCAGUGCACACAUCACAUCAUCAUGUACUAAAUUCACAUCCAGCUAUUGUGACACCGGGACCAAAACAAGACAUUGUACAGGAUCUAAAUCAUCGAUACGGCAGAACUGCAUUGGAUCAACAAAAGAACUCACCAAAUAAUAUGCAUAUACAGCAACCACACCAGCCCCACCAUCACAGUCAACAGCCGCAGCAUCAAACUCAUCAGCAAACGCAUCCUCAACAUCAUUCUCAUCACCAGCAGUCCCAGUCACAUCAGUCACAGUCGACUCAUCAAUCACAGCAGGAACAAAUCAACGAAAAGAAGAAACCACAUAUCAAAAAACCAUUGAAUGCAUUUAUGUUAUACAUGAAAGAGAUGCGGGCUAAGGUAGUAGCCGAAUGUACGUUAAAAGAAUCAGCGGCCAUAAAUCAAAUAUUAGGACGACGUUGGCACUCACUCAGUCGUGAAGAACAAAGCAAAUACUAUGAAAAAGCAAGACAAGAACGUCAAUUACAUAUGGAAUUGUAUCCGGGUUGGAGUGCUCGCGACAACUAUGGUUAUGUUUCAAAGAAAAAGAAACGCAAAAAAGACCGAUCGCCGGCAGAUUCGGGAGGUAACAACAUGAAAAAAUGUCGGGCUAGAUUUGGUUUAGAUCAACAAAAUCAAUGGUGCAAACCAUGCAGGCGAAAAAAGAAGUGUAUUCGUUACAUGGAAGGCGAUAAUGACGAGCGAACAAAUGACGGUGAUGAUAUGCGCGGCGGUAACAUAUCCGAUGACAAUUUGGGCAGCUGUGGCAGCGUUGACGAUGUCAAAACACCGCCCGAAGAUGAUAUCGAAUCGCUGAAUCAUUCGCUAUCGAGUCCGGGCGCAUUUAGCGGCUUAUCGUAUCUACAGAGUCCAUCGACAAAUUUGGCAAGUCCAUUACGAACGAAUUCUAUACUGUACAAUAGCAAUAAUCUGAGCCAAACUCACACCGAAAAUAGCCAUAAUAACAGCGCCAAUGAUAGUAACAAUAACAGCAAUCCAAACAAUAGCACCAAUAGUCAUAACAUAAGCAGCAUCAUCAAAUGAUUUCUAAUCGUGUACGCGAGAAACGAGAGGAAUUCAAAAGAGAAAAGAGAGAGAGUUUUCUGUUUAAUACAUAAUAUGGAAGAGAUUUUCAUUUUCAUUCAGUUUUCAUUCGCUUUUCCCUCUGCCAUCAAACAAUCGAUUGUUUUAUUCUUUGUUGGAGCAGUGUGAACACAGAGCCGAAAGCACACUAAGAGAAAACACUCAGACUUCGUUCCACUUUUAAUAAAACCGAAUAAAAUUGAGAUGCAUUUGAUGUGAACGGCUCUAUCAUCUUGGCCUCACCACUAACUUCAACACCCCAUGCUAAAUGUUUUCUUGUGUAUUUGUGUGUGUGUAUAAAAAAUUUUAUGAAAUGCUAUGAUAGACGAAAACAAAUGAGAAACACAGACAAAUUUGAUGCAGCAAUUUGUACGUUCUAAAUUCGGUGUGCAACUGCAAAACGAAAUACAAAAUGAAAAUGAACGUUCUGAUAUAGACAGUUUUUUUCCCUCUUUCGAUUCUAAGCAAUUAUUACUUCAUUUUUAAUUUAUUUGUACGAAAACAAAAUGUGCGCGUUUCUAUUUCCAAACGCCGCAACCAAAUGUCCAAGAUGGAUUUUCAAAUUUAACCGUUUGAAUUUCAAUCAACAAAUGCCGAAUGUCCAUGGACAGUUAGUAAACAUCGAAGUGAGAAUAACAUUGAAUGUGUCAUGGAAUACAAACAAAAAAUUACAAAAGUUAUUAGGGCCAAACAUACUUUACAACGACUCAACGCAAACCAAAACAUCUGUAACAGUAGUGGAACAACGCCAUUGAAAACGCAAUUUCUCGCCGCAAUUUUUGACUGACUCUGUUUUUUGAUUGAUAUUUGUGUUAAUUUUUUUUUUCAUGAAAGAAAGACUCUCUGCAUUUCCGUGAUAAACCAAAAAAGGAGACAAAAUUGAAGUCAAAUCUGAUCUCUAACCAAUAAUUGUUCGCAUACGAAAUACAACUAUUUAGGCUAUUUUUUCGAUAAGAGCAUUUUUGCCUUUCCUUCAUUUUUUUCUGUAUCUCUCUUCUCUUUUAAACGCUUUCUUUAUUCCUUUUUCAACCGUGAUUUAUGCUAACUCUCUUAUUGUCUGCAUUUUUGUUUUGCGAAUUUUUGUUUCUUAUAAUUUCUUUUUUAUUUUUCGUACACAGGGUGAUUUCAUUAGAACAAAUAGUACAUCGAACAGUCCAAUAAGAGGGGGCAAAGUAUAAGCCACAUUGUUGCCAAUCAAUUCAUCCAAACGAUUCCGAAAAUAAUUUUGGAAAUCAAACUUUUUGAAAAACCCAGCACCAAAAUCGUGUCAAUUGCUUUUCCCAUAGACACACACACACACACAGCCCACACAUCACUCACAUACACAUUUCAAGCACCCAAAAAAAAAACACACAAUCAAAUGAAUAAAUCUGUUGAUUUUUUCCGUUUUUUUUUAAAUACGUUUAUUUCUAUUAAUUAUAAUCUAGUAAUUACAUAAGGAUAUUAUUCGUUAUUUUUUAUGUAGUUUUUUUUUUCGUUUGACAUGAAGACCAAUCAAAAACAGAAACAAAAUUAUAAUUGCAUUGAGAAGUAUUGUAGAGCUCUGGCAGAACAAAAAACAACGCUACUGUCUACUGGAUGUGGUUUACUUUCAAAGAGUGUAUUUUAGAAUUAUAUAUUAUUUUCUCUCUGAUAAUUUUGAAUGAAGAUCAAAAACAAAAACUUAAAAAAAAAUUGAUGCAAUUUGAAGAAAACAAUCGUUUAGAAGUUCGCGCCGAAAGAAACAGUUUUGAUAUUUGAGAAACACGCGUCAAAGGAACAAAAAAUAUCCAUAAUCGGUGCAUUUUUUUACUAUUUUUUUUUUUUUUACUAAAACGCAAGAAUGUCUAUAUUUAGAGGAGCGCGUGUGUGCUUGCGGUCAAUGUUUCAGCGUAAACAAUGUAAGCAGCAUUGAAUUGAAAAAUAUUAUUUUUAAUUUUUUUUGUGAUUCAAAUUGAUUUAGAACAUUUUUUUUACAUCUUUUUUUUAUUUUUAUCGGUUUUACCCUCGAAAUCUAUUUACUAGCGAGGCGUAGACGCAUAUUGAAAUUUAUUUUGUUUAUUUUUUUUUUUUAAUGAUGAGAAAAUUAUUUUAUGUAUUUUAUGACAUUUGGUGUGUGACAAAAUUGUCGAUUUAAAAAGAGAAUAUACGUUUCGAGAAUUAAAUGUGUGCGAUCCCAUGACGAUUGAUUUGUCCAUUUUGUUUUAUUGUUAUUCGAUAAGACAAUCUUGACUCAUUGAUCGAAAUGAAUUGUACCAAUUUUGCAGAAACACUUUAUUUUUCCAAACUAAAUUUGGGAAUAUGCCACAUGAUGCAAUAAAAACCACCAUGCAUUCGAUUUUCCCAAACAAAAUGUUCGAUAUUUCGAACACUUUGUUGAAAAUGGACUAAUGGGCACCUUUUCGAUCGAAAAUUGAAAUUUUGUUUAUUGAAUUCAUGUGGUAUUUAGUCGAUGUGAUUUAAUUUUCGUUCACUUUAAAACGCGCUCAUUUUGAUAUGGGUCGAUGGCACCUUUGGCUUGACGAAUGGCCCUCCAUCGCAAAGGGCAAAGCGAGACAUUCACACACAUACACUUAAUGCAACAUAUAUGAUCAAUGUGGUAUUUUCACACUUCCUUCUUCCGAGAAAAAAAAAGAGAAAAGAAAAAUGAAACAAACAAAGAAAGAAAGAUUUAGCUAAACUAAAACAAAAAUGAAAAUGAUUUAGAAACAAAUAAAAUAAAUAACAAUAAUAGUGCAAUUUUAAUGGUUUUUAUUUUAAAACAAAAUGUAUAUGUAUGAUGUAAAUGUAUUAUUUUCAUUUUUUACCAUAACAAAACAAAGCAAAACAAACGAAUACAGAGCAAAUGAAAAAAAAGAAAGAAGAAACGGAUAAAUUUCGAAGGGGGAUACGUUUGACGAACGAAUGUGUCAACUCAUCACUCGAUGAGUUCAUGUGCGGUGUGGUUGCAGUUUGUUGUUUGUCUGACGUUGACUGGAGCGUGAUUAUUCGCUUUGAAUGAGCAGCAAUUAAAAACAUAUCACCCGUUAUGUUAUUUGCACUUUGAACUUCAAAAUAAAAGCCAAUUUGUCAGUUUCAGUCAUUUGUCGAUAAACCAACACACAUCCGGCCACUCUUCAUUGAACUAUGUGAAAAUAACAAAAAAAAAAAAAAUAACAAGAUUUUCUCUCAGAAUUAUGAGACACGUAGAACCACAACAUAUACAAAAAAAAUGAUGAAAAAAAUACAAGAAAUGAUAAUGAUUUAAUUAGUUGACCUAAACUUAAGCUAGAAUGUUAUAAGUUGAUACAAAAAGAAUUAAAAACAAGUAAUCAAGAUGAGAGAGAAAAAAAUGAAGAAAAAAAAAACACAAGAACAACUAAAAUCACGACAUACUAUUUUUUAGGUAAUAUAUAAUAAAAAUAUAUUUACAUGAUAAUGGAAGCAGGAAUGAGAAAUUAAAAAAAACACACACAAAAAACAAUGGAAAAAAUGGAUAGAAUAGAUGUUCGUUAUAAGGAUCUAUAUAUAUAUAUAUAUAUAUAUAUAUAUAUAAACAUCUUCUAGUUUUAAAUUGCUGUACUUUAAAAGGAUUAAGAAAAAAAAAACUACUAUGAGACUUAGAAUUAACACAACAAUCAACAACAACAACAAAAAAAACAACACACAAACAAAAAUACAUGCGAUCGAAACGAGAUAUAAUCAAUGAAUUGUUUGAUUAAUAUGACUUAGAUAAUUUGGUUUAAGUUACAUGACCUUUUUAAAGAAGAAAAUAUAAAACUGAUCGAUUAAAUGCAAUACAAAAGCAAAAAAAAACAAAAAAAGAGAAAUAAAUUGUUCGUGUCAAUGCAUCAAGCACCUGGCAUAGAUGUGAGCGUACCCCGCCCCUGUUGAGAUUAAUGAGGGAGUGCAAUGAAUUCCAUUCGAAAAUUCCAAAUGUGUGUCAAAAG